GCUUAUGUCAUUACAUUUGCUGACAAUGAAACGAAUUUCAAUUUUAAGUUUUUGGAUUUCAUUCAUUUUAUUAUUACUCUCAGGAUUUGAAUGCAGUAAGCAACUACGAAAGCUCUAUUUUCAGUAUACCUUUCAUCAAUAUUUUAUUUUAGAAUCAAGAUUUAGAAAGAAGGAUAGUAAAUGUGGCAGCAAGUUGGAGUUCAUAGAUUGCCCCGAUACAGAAGAUAAUUAUAUUAUGUUAUCCCGACAUCGACGAAAUAUAAUCAAAGUGAAGUAUACUAUUGGAAAACAAUGCAAAGUUGAAAACUCUAUAUUUCAUUGGAGCUUAAAAUUUUCAAAUGAAACAAACCUUCUAUUUGAAAAUGUUCAUGACGAUACCUUUAUAUUGGAGCCGUACUCACUCGAUCAUACUUCAAAUCCAUACCAAUUACUAAUACUAAUUGUUGAGGACUAUGCGGACGACGAACAACAAGGUGAAAUGUUAGCAUCUUGCAACUUUGAAAUCGAGAAAGAAAUACCCAUCCCCAUUAUAAAGGGCGGAUUAGAGGUAACUUGGGAAGUAAAUAAAGACAUCAUUUUGGAUGGAAGUGACUCCAUAGAUACCGAAUCUCCAGCUAAUUCUACUGGAAAUCUUGAAUACAAAUGGAGCUGUACAGUAAAUAAAGAGACGCUGUCAAAAUUUUGUAAAGAAAAUCUCAAAGAAGAACCAGUUAUAGUGAUACCUGCUCAGUACGUUGUUCAAGGUGUAGAAUACUAUGUUAAACUUGAAGUAAAGAGCGUUCAAUCUGAUUGGGAAGAAACCAGUCAAAAAAUUUAUGUUCUCUCAGGAGCUUCUACUAUAGAAAUAAUUUGUGAAAAAAAUUGUAUACCAAAAGUUUUGGUAACAAAUCCAAAAGAACCAGUUAUACUCACAGUAGAAUGCAAAAAGGGUUGUGAAACUGUAUUGCCCACACAAUAUACUUGGACUGUUGAUAAAGAUGAUUUUCCUUACGAUAAGACACGGUAUGGAAGAGAAGGCACUGUAUUUUUCAUAGAAAAGGAAGUAUUAAACGUGGAUACAGCUUACGUAAUAUCUGUAGAGUUAAAAACUGAUCUUGAUGAACUAAAAGGAAAGACUGCUGUAAAAAUAAACGUUCAUAAACCACCGAGUUUUACCGAAUGUUCUGUGAAACCUGAAAAGGGAAAAGCUUUAAGAACAUAUUUUGCGGUACGCUGCUCGUUUCCAAAGGGAUCAUACUUUUUUGAAGUUUAUAGUGUGGCUAACCAAAAAGAAAUUCUUCUAGACAGGAGUGUCAGACUUGGAAAUAUAGACUUUCUAUUACCUGCCGGAGCUGACAUUAUGGUAAAAUUAAUAGAUGAUUAUGGUUUUUCUGGGCAAAAAGUUUUGAAUCCUACUGUAGAAGACCCUCUAAUCAUUGUAGAUGAUGUAGAAAAAAUGGCAUAUGAUAUAGACCAAAGAUAUUUUAAGAAAAAAGAUAAAACGUCACUUCUCAACCUACUACGGGCUUUCAAAUAUGUAUAUCUUUCACAGAAGCUGAGUAUUUUCGCUGACGAAUUGGUACUAUUAGCUGACAAUAAAAAUAUGGAACCAUUGGUGGUUGAGCAGAAAAUCAAAAUUUUAAAACUUUUAAACAAAAUCCCAUUAGAUACGAUAAGUACAGCCAAGCAAAUAGCAAGUAUUACAGUGAAAACUGCUGAUGUGACAAAUUAUCUAAAAUCGAUGGACCCAGAAAUAGCCAACAGAAGUACAACUUUGUGUCUAAAGGCAGUAACCAUGACAUAUCAAGAAUUAUCAGCGAAGAGAUAUAUUCAAAGCUUUGGAGAUGAAAUAUAUGAACAAGCACAGAUAUACACUGAUUGUGCGGAAGUAGGAGCUAGUAGAAAUACUGAAAUAAUGAAGCCACCGCCACUGCCAGGAACACCUACAACUCCUUUUCCGUUGCUGACAUUUCCAGUUGUAGUGGAAAAUUACCCAGAUUAUGUGGAUGACCAGAAUAUUUCGAAACAUAAAAAAACUUUUGGAUACAGCGAACUUAAUUUAGUUAAAAUAUGUAGAGAAACUACCAAAAUGUUAGCUCAUCCGCUUUCUCCAUAUGAAAAUGACAUUCACACUGAACGCAAAUAUAUAGAUGCCGUAGCUAUAAAGAAAUUUGGACAAGAUUUACCUCAAUAUCCUAUCGAUUCGUAUAAUGUGCACAUAGUAGCCUCUGAUGAUUUCCUUAAUCAAGAGACCGAAUCUUUUCAAAUACAGCUUUGUACAUGUAAAAUUGAUCCAGUAUAUCCGUUAAACAAACUAAAGAUCGACACAACAAUUGCAGUUAUAGAAUUUUGGCAGAAUGGUGGCAGGAAACAGAUACAGAAUUUUAAAGAUCCUUACAUAGUUGCUUUUACUAACGUAAAGAUAAAUGAGGCUCGUUAUGACAUAUUCAACGAUACGACGGAACUUUUUCAAUUGAAAGCAUUGGAUAAAGAAGAAACAGAUUUUAAUAAACUAAACCUCUAUAGAAUCGAUGCGUAUGGAUUACAAGAUUAUUUUAUAGAAUUUGUUGAUCUAGAUAAUACUUUGGAGGUUUAUAUUACGCAAUUUUACAAACCCACUUUUACUGAAUUUAAAAGCAAUGCCAAAUUAGUGAGCCCAGGUGAUGGUGCCUUAGUUAUCAAUGAAAACAUAGCAUACGACCAUUGGAGUUAUUUAGCAGUAGCAUCGCAUGAUGAUAAAGAGAAGGUUAAUUUUAAAUUCAAGGUGUACCACCAUAGUUGCUAUAAUUGGGUUGCUUCCAAAAGAGCAUGGGUAGCUAAAUGCAUAAGUACAAAGAAUACGAACAACAGUUAUAUAGAAUGUUCAUGUCUCCAAACUUCAAUAAUGGGUGGCCGCUUAGAAAACAAUCGUGUAACAAAACAGUUUACAUUAUACAUGGAUCAUAAAUUAGAAGCUCAAGCAUGCUAUAUCAUUUUUGGAUGUGUAUUAUUUAUAUGGAUUUUAUAUUGCUUAUUUUUAACAUUAUUUUCUGUUUCACCAAAAUAUGAAAAAAUGGGAAUUAAAAGAAUCUAUUUAUUAAGUGACAUACCCAGUUUUUAUAAAUUUGGGUAUAUUCUUAUAAUUAAGACUGCUACUACAUUUAAUGCUGGUACAACAUCAAAUAUUAUUGUAAAAUUAUAUGGAAACUUAGCAGAUAGUAAGGAACAUAUCCUAAAUUAUCCCGACCCCGAGAAAAAAAUUCUACAAAAAAGUCAUGAGGAUUGGUUUUUUCUAGCUACAGAAUAUUAUCUGGGUGAAAUCCAAAAAAUUGAAUUGUGGUUUGAUUCGAUUGGAUACAGGCCCUCAUGGUUUUGUGAAGAGAUUGAAGUUAUAGAUUUACAACAAGACCAAUCCUGGUGGUUUCCAAUAUGUUUUAAAUUUCAAAUUAAAGAUAAAGAACAACAUAUUUAUUCUGGUGCUCCAAUUGACCCGAAACAUGUAACCAAACGAAGGCUGUUUUGGAAAGAGCUGUCUGUUAGCUUAAGUGGUCCGCAUUUUUGGAAUAUUUUUGAACAGGAAGAUAUGCUGAGUAGAAUAAAAAGAUUAACCAUAUUAUUAUCCAUUUUUCUAACUACAUUUAUGGUGGUUUUAUUUUUUUAUGUCGUACCAGUUUUUCAACCAAAGGACAGCUUAGAUUAUUACGAAUAUAAAUUGUAUCCUCAAGUAUUUGCAAUUACCGCACUAGGAUCAGUAAUAAGUUUUGUAAUACAUUGUCCCGUGGUGAUCCUUUUUAGGUUUUUAGAUAAACAUAAUCUAUAUAUAACGCAUUCUACAGGGACAAUAAAAAAUAUGCCCUUUUACAACUUGGCUUGCUGGUGCACAUUGGGUUUCUUUAUUGGUGUAAUGAUGACAAUAAACAUAAUAUUUGGAAUACGUGUUCCCCACGUCACAAGUUUACUCUGGUUAACUUCUUCAAUAGCAAGUUUAUUCGUUUAUGGUUUGUUAUUGGAACGUAUGGGAAGAAUAUUAAGGAAUUUAUUAAAACUAAGAAGUACUAGGAUAAUGAAUAUUUUAAAUAAAAAGGCUGAAAUUGUGCAAUACAUUGAAACUCAAAGAAAUAUGAUUUAUAGUAAAUAUGGACGAUUAGCUUUAAGACCAUAUUUUAACAAAGUUUAUCAAGUAUUGGACAAUAAAUGGGUGAAGGAACUUAAAUAUUUGGCAGAGCAGCGACAAAAUGUGUUAGUUAUCUUAGAAGAUUUGUUAAUGAUUGGUAUUUAUGUGAUUUUACUGUAUAUUAUAAUAGCAAAAGAUAAAGACCCCAUGACGAUAAACAGUAAUAAGGAAGUUCUUGAUGUAAUUCAAGGCGUACAUACCAGGACGAGCUUUACCCACAUGCACAACAGAAAAGAGAUCGAGAGCUAUAUACAAAAGACACUGAUUCCAUUACUACAGUCACAACAGUGGUACGGAAUGUAUGUAUACAGUGAUCCUGGGAUGACGAUCGACAACACAAAUAAAUACAUUGGUAUUGUUCGACUCAGACAAAAAAGGGUUGAUCCGAGGGGAUGUAAAGUUGUAUCACAGAUGCAUGAUUUUCGUAAUGAGUGUAUCCCUGAAUUUUCGACAAAUUCCGAAUUCCGAAACUUUAGCGAAAACUGGCAAGAUAACACAGAGUCAGACAAGUUUGCACGAAUGGAUUCUGUAUGGAAAUAUAUAAGCCCAAAGCAAACUGGAAGUAUGCAUUAUAUUGGAGAUUUCGCUAGAUAUUCAGGAGGAGGUUAUGUUGCUACAUUAGGAAGAACUCUAACGAAUUCCAUUAUUAAUAUUAACUAUCUCACACGAAAUAAGUGGAUUGAUGAUUUGACUAAGGGCCUGUUUAUUGAAUUUCUUUUAUAUAGUGCAAACUCAAAUCUAUUUAAUUCAGUUAAAAUUUUAUUUGAAAUUAGCAGCACUGGUUAUAUUCAACAAAAAUAUAUGGUUCGAACGGCAAGGCUAUUAUUAGCUCCUCACGAUACUGGUGUGUGGAUAAGAAUAUUAUUUGUAUUUUUUAUAGUAGCCGUGUUUACCAUUUCCCUAAAAUUAAUCUAUAGAUUCAAAUCAAAAAAGAAAAAAGCAAUUGGAGAUAUAUGGCUUUUGACUGAUGUCGUAAUAAUAUUGCUAACUGCGACGUGUUUUGUAUUAUAUAUCCUCAGAUCCCAAGAGGUAAAAGCAUUUUUGCAAAAAAUUGAACUAAGCAAGCAUAACAGAUUUAUAAAGUAUUUUCAUUUAUUUUACUCUGAAAUUACUUUAACCUCACUAGCUGCCUUUUUGGUAUUCUUAGCAACAUUUAGAGUGUGGAAAUUACUGAGGUUUUUAGUUAUUAUUAAAAUUGUCGAGAAAACUUUAGCUAUUUCAGCAUUUCAUUUGUUUUGUCUUUUUAUUCUUCAUUUUCACUUACUAGUAGUUUUUACACUCGCUGCUUAUUUGCUAUUUGCAACUCAAACAUACGAUUUUAAAGAUCCUUUUAUUUCAUUUGUUAAUUUAUUCUUGGCAGCUUUCGGACUUUUUAAAUUCGAUACAAGUUCCUUUACAUCUGCUGUACAUUAUAUUUACUAUAUUUUUUUAAUGGUCUUCAAUCUGGUGUUUGUUAAUCUUUAUAUCGUUCUCGUAAAUAUUUACUACGGGCAAGCGCAAAUGUUUUACUCAAAUUAUCAAGAAUAUAAUGUUAUGGAUUAUGUGAAAGAACAGUGGGUGUAUUUGAAGCUUCUAAGGAAUAUUAAAGUAAAACAAGUUCGUCAAAAAAGCGGUCAAGAUGAAAACAUUGAAAAACGGAAACUUGUGUCGCCCAAAGCAGAUGAACAUCGAUAUGCUAAGGGCGUGAUAGUUCAAGAAUAUAAAAUGGUCCAAAUGAAACUACUUGCUUUAUGCUGGUUAAGAAAUAUGCAUCGCAAUGGACAAUUUUCAGAGUCCGAUAGAUUACUAAUUAAACGUACUCUAGCUGCCUUGCUUCUUAAACUUAAAACUAUGGAAAAACCAGAUUUUUUCUUUAUAAAUUACAGAGAGGGUUCUAAUACCUUGAUUGACGAUUUAAAAUUUCAAAGAAUGGAAAGCAUUUUGAAUAAUAUAUUCGGUAAAGGUCAGCAAGAAAAAGCUGAUGAUAUUAAAACUACUGAAAUUGUUUAUGAAACUGUUAUGAAUAAUAAUGAUAUAUUGUUAAAUAGAAUUUUAAAUAACCUUGAUAAUGUUUCAAGGGCAUUAGAUUGUAUUUAUAUUGACACAACAUAA